GGAGUUUGCCGAAGUUGCAACCGCAGCAGUGGGCGACACAUGGCAGCAGCUGUGACCCUUCUACACUCACUUUAAACACAGUUUGUCUCAGCAAAACAAAUUAUUUAGAAAGCAGAGCUGUGUGUUACGAGCCUGUGGUUUAGCUUGUGAAUGGGAACAUGUCUGUGCUGUGCUACAACAGGAGCUGCGGAAAGCGAUUUGACCCGGACAACAACCCCGAUGAUGCUUGCCUCUUCCAUCCGGGGGUACCCGUGUUUCAUGAUGCUCUCAAGGGUUGGUCCUGCUGCAAGAGGCGCACCACAGACUUCUCAGACUUCCUGAGUAUUAAAGGCUGCAGCCGGGGCCCCCACAACAGUGAGAAACCAGCAGAGGCAGUGCAGCCAGAGGUGAAGACGUCAGGAAAGAAGAAGGAGAUCGGAGAGGAGCUGAAACCUCGAGGAGACCCUUACAUCAUUCAAGCUCCUAAACCACAGGAGCAGGUCCACAGACCGAGAGCUGAGACACCGCUGGUCAGAUUACAGCAAAAGGUGUCCCCUUCACUGAAACAGGCUCUUGAAAAACUCAACCUUAAUGGCACUAAAUAUCCUGAAAACAAAGAGGAAGAGGGAGAGGAGGUGAAGAUUGGUACUUCUUGUAAAAAUGGAGGAUGCUCUAAGUCUUACUUUGGACCAGCAAGUGAUGAGGAAGUCUGCACUCACCACCCCGGAGUUCCAAUUUUCCAUGAUAUGAAGUACUGGAGCUGCUGCAGGAGGAAAACAUCAGACUUCAACAACUUUCUGUCCCAGCAGGGCUGCACUACAGGAAGCCACCUCUGGAAGAAAAACAAUCAGGCGAUGAAGGUGAUGCCGUGUAGAUUUGACUGGCACCAGACCAGCAGUCAAGUUAUCAUCUCCAUCUAUGCAAAGAACUCCUUGCCAGAGCUCAGUUAUGUCGAGGCCAACAGCACCACGGUGAACAUUCGUGUAGUGUUUGAAGGAGAUAAAGAGUUUGAAAAGAAGAUCAUUUUAUGGGGGGCUGUGGAGGUAAAAAACAGUGCGGUGAACCUGAUGGCUUCUAAGAUGGAGGUGUCUCUUAAGAAGGCUGAACCAAUCACAUGGGCCCGUCUGGACCUGCCUUCCCUCCCACAGAAUCAGGAACAGGAGGACACCAAGCACACAUAGCACACUCGGACCUCACUUCCAGCUUGUUCCCCUCUUUAGUCUUUUGUCGCCCGUGUCCUUCCCUUCAGUAGUGUCACUGUGGCAAAUCUGAUUUCUUGCACUUGACCUCCUUUUGAAUCAAAUGUGUAAUGUCAGACCUUUUAUUAGAAGUAAACAGAUGAAAUCUCAAACCUUACACAAGUCUGAUACAGGCACUAACACUGGCAACGUACUGUAGCUUUAAUGAAGGCUUAAGGAAUAUAACUGUGGUUAGGCAGCUUGUUUAUCUAGUCACAUGGAUGAAUCAAUUUUAGUCUUAAGUUAUCUCUUUGAUAUUUUUCUCUAAUCCCAAAAAGUUGAUUCUGUUCAUCUGGAUGUAGCGUUUUCAGAUGUCAGAAACAUUUCGAGUCACUUGGUUGAGUGACUCGAAAUGUUUCUCCCACUGGAUU